UGUUAGGCAGAGCAUACCAGGUUGAGUUGGUUUGUGUUUGUAUUAUGACUUUAAUGUGGAACAUUAGUCGUGAUGAAGAGAGUUUCUGACUCUAUUAUGAUUAUGCUUGUAUAAUAUGGAGAAUCGUGGAUGUUUCUUUCCCUUGGUGGAUAAAUCUAAAGGGACUACUUUGCCUACCUUGGACCUGAAAAAAUAGUCAUCAAAAGAUGGAAAAGGUGACACCUUUCUUGUCAUCAGUCAGCGCUGUAACACUCUCAAACAGAGACUGAUAAGAAAAGAAAAGGAACCCUUUGGCAUACAGGCAAGAGGGUGAGAAAUUUCCAAAGCGAAAAGACACACUUAGCCAAACAGAGGAAAUGGCAUUCUUGGACAAUCCGGCCAUUAUCCUGGCUCACAUCAGACAAUCUCAUGUGACCAGUGAUGAUACUGGAAUGUGUGAGAUGGUGCUAAUAGAUCAGGAUGUUGAUCUUGAGAAGUGCCAGCUUUCUCUGGUGCCUGGUAGCAGCUUUGGGUCAACUGGGUCGGGCCUCCUGAAUGAGGGGGGCAGUAGUGUGACAGACAGUCAUCCCUGUGACCUCUCUCAGUCUAUGGACAUCACCUCCAGCUGGGACUUUGGCAUUCGUCGGCGCUCCAACACAGCCCAAAGACUUGAAAGACUAAGAAAAGAACGACAGAACCAAAUCAAAUGCAAAAACAUUCAGUGGAAAGAGAGGGCGUCCUCCCAAUCAGUGGAAGAUCUGGGGUCUCUGUUUGAAAAGCGCAACUUUAAAGACAGGCCGCAGACAACUGGUACAAAAUCCACUUUGUCACUGAGGCUUGAGCAGUGUCCCCAGCAGCUCAAUAAUCCCUUCAAUGAAUACUCUAAAUUUGAUGGCAAGGGCCACAUCGGCACCACAGCUACAAAAAAGAUAGACGUCUACCUAUCAAUGCAAAUGACUCAAGAGAAAGUACAUCCAAUGACAGUGGUGACCAUCGCCAAUGCCCGUGUCCAUGACCUCAUUGGACUUAUCUGUUGGCAAUACACAAGCGAGGGACGAGAACCCAAACUCAAUGAAAAUGUGAAUGCUUAUUGCCUUCACAUUGCUGAAGAUGAUGGCGAGGUAGACACUGACUUCCCUCCGCUAGACUCCAAUGAGCCAAUACACAAGUUUGGUUUCAGCACUCUGGCCUUGGUGGAGAAAUACUCCUCCCCUGGCAUCGCUUCCAGGCAGUCACUGUUUGUUAGAAUAAAUGCUGCUCAUGGUUUUUCUCUAAUUCCGGUGGACAAUUUGAAGGUGACUAUGAAGGAAAUUCUCCAGAAAGCUCUCAAGAAGAGGAAAGGUUCACAGAAAGGCUCGGGGCCCUUGUAUCGUCUCGAGAAGCAGACCGAGCCAAAUGUAGCAGUAGACCUGGACUCCUCACUGGAGAGCCAGAGUACCCUGGAAUUUUGCCUGGUCAGAGAAAACAGCUCCAGAGGUGAGGAGAGUUCAGAGGAAGACCCUCCUAUUGAUAUCACCACAGUCCAAGACAUGUUGAGCAGUCAUCACUACAAGUCCUUCAAGAUCAGCAUGAUUCACAAACUGCGUUUCACCACAGAUGUCCAGCUAGGGAUUUCAGGAGAAAAACUGGAGAUUGAUCCUGUCACCAAUCAGAAAGCCAGUACUAAGUUCUGGAUUCGGCAGAAACCCAUUUCCAUUGACUCGGACCACCUUUGUGCUUGUGACCUUGUGGAGGAAAGAAGCCCUAGUCAUGCAAUAUUUAAACUCACUUAUCUCAGCAAUCAUGACUACAAGCCUCUCUACUUUGAGUCUGAUGCUGCUACUGUCAAUGAAAUAGUGCUGAAGGUAAACUACAUCUUGGAGUCCCGGGCCAGCACCUCCCGUGCUGAUUACUUUGCCCAGAAACAACGAAAACUGAGCCGCCGGACCAGCUUCAGUUUCCAGAAGGAGAAGAAAACUGGGCAAUAGACGGGCUCCUCUGCCACCUGUCAGUACAUUCUCUAUAUAUAGCCUUGCAUAUGGAGAGCAUCAACCUAAAUCUACAAUCCCUAUAAGAUGAAAAUGAGAGGAAGAGAGCAAUGGUUAGAAAAUGGUCCUGUAGGAUGUAUGUCUGCUUCAGCAGAGCAAGGUGGAAGUUUCUGAAACUUCACCAGUGUCAAGUCAUUCUUUUUCUAAAAUUGAAAAAAAAAGACUUGUUUUGGCUGUUGUGUUUUUGUUAGGUUUUUUUUUUUUUUUUUUU